AUGCAGCUCCAUCUUCCGUACCGUGAUUCGUUCUCGAGGCCAUCUAUACGGGUUUCUCUAUGCCAGGAUCCUCUGAAACACCCGAGUGUCCAUUCUUUUGAAUGCCCCCGUUGGCCAGGCUGUUCUAUAUGCGGUCCUGGUAAUCCUGGGGUGACUCGGACUGAGAAAAUUGUCCCUUCCGUUCUAACGAGCCACCGAGAGGAAGGAAGCUCAGACCCCCCCUUAAACGAAAACACUAAAGUAUGCAUCAUCGGGGCCGGAAUUGCAGGUCUGUAUCUCGCGCUGAUCUUGCAAGAUCUCGAGAUCCCAAAUCUUUCCUGGGAUAUCCUCGAGGCCAAUCGGGAUCGCAUUGGCGGCCGCAUCUAUACCCAUCGCUUCUCUGAGGCUCACAAUGACUACUAUGACGUGGGCGCAAUGCGGUUUCCGGAUAUCCCCAUCAUGUCUCGGGUGUUUGAUCUCUUUCGCCGAAUGCAAGUGCCAUUGAAGGAAUUCCAUAUGCGGGAGAUAAACACGAAGACGAAGGGCUAUGAUAUCUCCAAGACCGAAGAUAGCCCAUCUGCCAAAAUUCUCAGUCAAUCCUUCGGUCCAUACAAAAAGGCCAUGCAAAAGGACUUUGUGCAGGGGUUCCAGAUCCUAAUGGAGGCCGAUGCAAUGAGCACCCGCGAAUACCUCCGAGGGAGUCAAAAGUUAGAUUUUACGACAAUCCAGUCUGCCGAGAACGACACGACUGGCACAGGCAUGUUUGAUCAAGCCUUUUCAGAGAGUGUCAUGGACUCCUUCGAUCUCGAUCAACCUAUGCCAGGGCUCCAGGGCAGUGGGGCAAGCAUGGAAUGGUAUUCUGUGGAUGGCGGCUCUUCAGUGGUGAUUGAGCGAAUGCGCCAACAAAUCAACAGAAACAGCACCAUCGAGCUCGGGAAACAAGUUCGUCGCAUCGCCAUCAAUCGUAGCGCCGAUCUAUCGGUCUCAUGUGCGGGCGAGGAAAAGGCUCGCGAUGGGUAUGCGACGGUUUUCAGCACUACUCCAUUGGCAUGCCUGCAGCGCAUCGAUACUGGAUCACUCCACCUUAAUCCUAUUCAAAAAGAAGCCAUCCGGUGUUUGCGGUACGAAGACUCUACUAAGGUGGGUAUCAAGUUUGCAUAUCCGUGGUGGAUCGUAGACUGCGGGCUUCGAGGGGGCGGUAGUGCCUCGUCGACCCUCCCCUCACGGACCUGCGUCUACCCGUCGCAUAUCGCCGAGGAGGACUGGAACCAGCCAGCCGUACUGUUGGCCUCUUAUACCUGGGGACAAGAUGCCACUCGCAUGGGGGCUCUGAUAAAUCCGUCCUCUGCUGAUGGGGGUGAGGAUGAGGGGGAUGAUCUGCUAGAUCUUGUCCUCCGUGAUCUUGCUCAACAACAUCAGCAGCAUGGAAUCACGUAUGAGAAGUUGCAAACUUUGUACCGGGAUCACCAUGCCUUCUGCUGGGGCAACUCGCGCUUUUCGUCGGGGGCCUUUGCGCUGUUUGCCCCGGGACAAUUCACCAAUCUCUAUCCUUCCUUGUCUCUCCCAGCAGCCGAUGGCAAAUUCCAUAUUGUAGGGGAGGCCGCUAGUGUCCAUCACGGGUGGGUGGUUGGCUCGCUGAACAGUGCAUAUGUGGCGAUCUAUCGAUUCUUGCUUCGAUAUGAACAAAAGCGGGCCAUCCGGAAGCUGAAGAAGAACUGGGGAAGCGUGCACGAGUUGGAUCUCGCGGGCGUUGCUCGUCUUGAUGAGUGGUUAUGA